UAGUGACUAACUGAUUGGACCAGGCUUCGAUCAGUGCGAGUAUCGGGAUAAAAACAGAUUGUGAACAUGCUUGACAAUGAUAGGUGAAGAACUUACAAUUCGAACAAACACCAUUUACUGAAACUUUAAAGCAAUGGUGUUUCGAGUCAUAACAGAAUUCGAUGGAACCGGAUCAGAUUCGUGUAUCAGUCUGGAAGUCGGAGAUGUUAUAACAAAGGUCUAUAGACUCGACAGUGAUGUUUUGAUUGGCACGAACACUAGAUCGGGAGAGAACGGGGCCUUCCCUGCCUCGUGCGUGCAGGGUGAGGGAGGGGACACCGCCCUACCUCUGCCGGGUCAUACUGCAUCUAGAGAUGCACUUCACGACAAAGUUGUCUACUCCAACGUGACGAAAUACAUCAAAGAGAAGGAACAGUUACAGUCUGAUAAGAAUGGUAAAGACCACGUGUCACCCACUCCUGAGAAGGACCGUCACGUGCGUUUUAGUGACGUCAGACUGGAGCAUUCCAUAAGCGUUCCCGAGUCGACCGCGUCAUGGCAGGAGUCUUUCGAGGAAUCUUUUCGAGAUAAACUUUCUAACUAUGACAACAUCGAGGUGAAACCCGCCGAAAGUAAGACACACAAGAGCGAUGGCACGUAUCAUCGUCUUCAAAAAUUCAACGCCCUGGUUUAUUCAAGCACAGAAAAGAUCUUUCUCAGCGGCCGGGAUGAAAAUCGGGUCUUGAAAAGAAUUUUCGGUGCUUGUAUUGGCGUUGUUGCCGGUGCACUACUGUUUGUAGUGACGUUGUUUAUGUUUGAUUACACCAAAGGCGAGGCUGGCAUCAUUACCGCGAUCUUCACUCUGGUAUUCUGCGUGUGCCUGGCAUUCUCAACACACUGUAGAUGUAUCGUCGCCUUAGUUGUACCCAGCUUCUGUACUAAUAAAGGUCGGGCUCUUCUGUUGUCCAUGCUGUUCUCGUUGAUCCUCACACAUGCUGGUGAGAACAUCGGUGAGAAUGCUAAGGUUACCGGAAGUAGUUUUGCCUGCGUUGUUGAGUUGGCGGCCAACCAGAGUCGGGAGUUGCAGAAACAGCUAGCAGCUCCGGUAAAGGAUCUUAAAGCUUACAUAGACCGUCAGCAAGAGGUUUUACGGAGCGGCGUCAAAGUUAUAACUGAUUCGUUCAAGGACGUUCGUAAUGCUUUAAAUCAAGCUGAUAAUGCAGUAGAGGACACUAAGAAAAGCAUUGAUGCUGUUAGACAGGUAUGCAGAGCAAACGUCGACAAAUUAAAAACAACAUGCGAUAAGGUGUGCACAUUCGGCAUAAUAUGUGGAUCCGGUUUUUGUGAUAAUCUGGUGGCUCUACCAUGCAAUUCUCUUCAAAUAACUGACAAUGCUUUGACAGAGGCAGCAAGAAAUGCAAGAAAACAUCUAGACGAGGCAUUGAACUAUUUUCAUGUUGACCUUAACAUCAGUAGCGAUUUUAAUGCAAGCACUAAUACUUCAGGAUCUUUUAAAGAUAUACAAAAAGAGAUAGAUGAAGAUAUAUCAAGCAAGACAAGAGGCGUGUUUUCAUUCCUGAAGGUUUUCAAGAAGGUGUUGUCUCUGUCACUUCUCUUAAUAUUUGCACAAUCAGUUUGGUACUUGCGAAACUACCUUGCCAAGGACGGAUAUGACAAUAUUUACAUCACCAGUCAAUUAAAAGAGCUUGAUGAAGGCAACAAAAAGAUUGGAAAGGACAGUAUUUUACCCCUGAAGAAGAAAGAACAUGAGAAGUACGUCGAUACCACUUCAAUUAAACUGAGCUCUUGUGAGCUGAGUUCCUGCAAACUGGGACUAAUACAAGUGUUACUGCAUUUUAUUAUUUGUCUCGUGAUUAUCGCUUUUGAUGUUGCCAUAUUUUACAUUCUCGAAAUGGUCCGGAAACAAGGUGAUGUUGAACUUGAAGUUAAAGGUCAAGGCCAUGUGACCGUUGAAGUGCAAGGCAAAGGCCCAGUUGCAGACUUUUACCGUAUUUUGAUCACAGGACUCAACGUUGACCAAAAUUAUUCUGCAAACAUCAACAUCAGCGAAUGUCUGCCAAAUGCAAUCGUGCCAGAGUUUACCAUGAUCCCGGUGUAUAUCAUAUGUUACAUCGUAACAGUUCUAAGUGUGAUCUUGCAAGGCUAUGGUCUACGCCUUCGCAGGAAGAUAUCCGCAUAUUAUUACCCGGAACAGGAGCGUGCGAGGUUGGAUUACCUUCAUAAGAAAAUAAGACACAAGAGAGUUGGCUUUUUGCGGUUUAUCAGACAACAAGUCCUAUCAACACACAAGGAAUCACAAGUCAAGGAAAAGCUGCGUCUUUCGACUUGGUUGAUGUUCAAGAUACCAUUUCUAGCGAAGAUUUUGCCACAGCGAGAGAAAUUGGAAUGCUUAAGCUGCGAGCAAACGGAGGGCAGCUUCAGCAGUGUGAAGUUGAGGAAAUGUAAGGGGGAAUCAGGAGGCAUGGACUGCGAUGCUGUAUAUUGUGAGGAAUGUUGGAAAGCUCUUGGAGACAACUGCCCGCUCUGCUGUAAAGAUGAAGUGGUUCUCCGUGAUUAAAUACAAUUAUUCAUAUAAACGAAUUGUAUAAAAUCACAAUUGCAAUGCCACUGGAACAAUUUUUAGCUCUACUGGCUAAAGGCCAGAAGAGCUUAUGCGAUGGUAAUGUGUAGUAGUAUGUGCGUCUGUGCGUCCGUGCGUAUCUCGAUGAAACUUGUACAGUAUCUAUAUAUCCAUUAGAGCUCGGUUCCUUUCGAAAACCAACCAGAUCCGCCCAUGCAUGCCUAGAGAGCCAUCCUUGAUAGUAUGAAAGAAGGUUAUUGUGUAAACACUAUGUUGUGAACACGAUACAGUCUUCAGUUUUGAUUGUAUCUCGAUGAAACUUGUACAGUAAUUUAGUUAUCCAUAAGAGCUCGUUUCCUUUUGAAAACCAGCCAGAUCCGCCCAUGCAUGCCUAGAUUAUGGACCUUGAAAGUGUAAAAAAAAUCAGUUCGUCUGUAAACAAUUCCUUGUGAACAUGAUACAGUCUUCAGUUUUGAUUGUAUCUCGAUGAAACUUGUACAGUAUUUAGAUAUCCUUUAGAACUGGGUUCCUUUUGAAAACCAGCCAGAUCUGCCCAUGCAUACAUGGAUUGUGGGUCUUAUAAGAAUAAAAAAUGCUAUUUUUAGCCAAGUCUAUUUUUAGCCAAGUCUAUUUUUAGCCAAGUCUACAGGAGUGAAGUCUAUUUUUAGCCAAGUUUACAUGUAAAGUCACAAUUGCUUGUGAAGGUUUGUUCAAAGUAUGCCCCUGGGGUCAUUACUGCCCCCCUCCCCCCACCCACGGAGAUCGUCCCGCAAAGGACCAGUGCGGCAACACAAACGACCUCGGUGACGUCGGCGGAGGCCCCGGGAAGAGUUCUCUUUUCUUUGUAAGGGAGAAUUAAAUUUGGAAAUGUUAAAAACCAUUUUGUCUGAAACCACUAUGCAAAUCCUUUCUAUUUUGAACAAGGCUUUAUUUAGUGGUCCACUGCCAUGGUUGUUCAAAUUAUGCCCCUUGGGUCAAAACUGGCACUGCCCUGGGUGUCACAAUUUUCCUAGAGACUUAUUUAAGAAAUAUUUUUAAAAUCUUCUUGUUUCAAACCACAAGGCCCAUACCUUGGAUAUUUGUUGUUGAGCAUCAUAUGAUGCAUUUGAAAACAUUUGAAAAAAUGCCCCUUGGACAAAAGCUGGCCCCACCCCUUUUGACUUACUUUUUAAUUUUUAAAGCUACAGUAAUGUAAUUUUGACCAUGUGAACAGUUUUGCAAACAAGCAUUAAUGUUGUCCUCGGAUGUCCUUGACAUUAACCUUUGACCGACCUUUUAUUUUUAAAGCUACAGAAAUGAAAUUUUGACCAUGAGUACAGUUUGGAAAACAAAUAUUUUACCCUCAAAUUACCUUUACUUGGCACAUACUAAAAUAGUGCAACUAAUCUGCUUACAACACUUCCUGUCCUCAGAUGUUGAACGUGCAGCGUUUUCAGCUAACCCAAACACAAAAAAGUGAACUAUAUAUGUGUUGCCUAUACCUCAAACGUACAUGCUCUGGAUUGAAAAUGACCACAAGAGCCAUGCAAGCAGAGCAUAGGCCUUUUGGCCCUCUUGUUAAUAUAUGCCUAUCAAUUUCCAUUUCCGUUACUGACGUUUUCCAAAUCCGUAUCUACAUAGUAGUAUGUGUUGCGUUCUACCUUUUACACAAAUGAUGUUUAGGCCACAACAAAUUAUUCAUUUGUUCGACGGAUUUUGCCCAAAAAAAGUAGGAGCGAGCGAGCGAAAUAUUUUUUUUAAAACAAAUAUCGGCUGUUUUGCGGUUACCCGGACCUGAUUUUGUCCUGACACGAGGGAAUUUUGCUCCCGAAGAAUGUAAAGCAUGGAAAUACCUUCAAAAAAAGGCAAAGUCGACGUUGCAAGUUUAAAUUCUAAGUAAAAGAAUUUCGGAAAAUACAGAAAAUUUAAAAGAAAACAAAAAUAAUAAUAUGCGCGGCUUAAUAGUAUGUGCGGGCGCAUUUUUUUUCCGUUUUUCGAAUUCUAGGUGCGGCAAAUCCGACGAACAAAUUAACAAUUUGUUGUGGCCUUAUCCAGUUUUUAUGCAUUAUAAACUUUCUGUUCAAUACAUUAUCCAUGAACGUGCAAUUGUUUCUAAAGGCAUCUUUUUGUAUGUAUUAAACUUCUGAUUUCUGUUUAUAUUUAAGAAAGUUAUAUUGUUUUACGACGUCAUUUCUAAAAAGACAGUUCGACAGAUAUGAGUUUACACACAAGAAUCGACGUUAUACAGGACGUCAGAUAAUUUUCCAAUAAUAGUAUCACCUAUAUCCUUAUAUUGCGUCACUCACUUAUGUUUAUAUGUCCUUCGAUAUUUAAUAAAACCAGUUUUAUCCUUCUCAAGAAA